AUGGAGGAUCAAGAUGAGGAUCAAGAUGAGGAUCAAGAUGAGGAUCAAGACGAGGAUCAAGACGAGAAUGAGGGGGCCAAAGAAGAUAUUGAAGAUAUUGAAGACAAUAAAGAAACAGAUGAAGAUGAUUAUUUCUCUGAAGGAGAAGAUCAUCUAACCGUCGGGCCUAAUAUCUUAGACAAUUUUGACAACACUAUCGGCCCUCAAUCAUUAGGUUUCACGGCAGGAGGGCAAGGAUACCACCGUCCGCGAGCGUACACACAGACCCUUGCUGCGUUGAUCCACCAGCAGACUCUCCUUCUCCUCGAAUCGACACUUCCCAUAUCCGGCUACCCCGGCUUAAGGAUCUCGGCUCGACCGCGACGAGAACAGCUUGUCCAUCUUCAAGCAAUGCGGCGACGGUAUACUUGUGGCGGGUGCCUCACCUCCCUCCUCGAGUUCACUGGUCUCCUGGCCUUCGGUCGCCACUUCCUCGACUCCGAAGGACCGACAUUCUUCUUUCAUUGGAGUGAUGACGGUCAAACUCUGUCGUUCGCGGAGUAUUAG